AUGACUCCUAUCCAAGAUAAAAUAAAUAAAAAAUAUCGAAAUAAGUAUAAAAAAUGGUGCUUAAUUAGCAUUCAAGGUAUCUUUCAUCUAACCUUCAAUACAAAUGAACUUACUUCCUCAGAAAAAAGAUUCUUUGAAACUGUAUCCAACAUUACCAAAGAUACUAUAAUCGGAAAAGUUAUGUUUGAAAGUAUCAUACAAUACAAGGAAAUAUCUACUGACCAAGUAGACUCAAUUGAUAAUAAUCAAUAUGAGUUUUUUGGAGAUAGAAAUGUAGAGUUUGAGGAUGAUUUCAUUAGAGACCAAGCAUCUAAAAGAGAGGUAGUAGUUAAUAAUAUGGCUAGUUUCUUAAGAGACCUUAAUAAUGUGACUAGUUUUGUAAAAGACUAA